AGUUGUCUGGGUGAUAGUGAGUAGGAAUAGUGAAGAUGGUCUCCCAAGUGUGUCAGAACUACCACAAGGACUGUGAGGAUGCUGUUAACAAGCAGAUCAACCUGGAGCUCCACUCCUCCUAUGUUUACCUCUCUAUGUCCACUUACUUUGACCGGGAUGAUGUUGCCCUGCGUCACUUUGCUGAGUUCUUCAAGGAGCAGGCCCAUGAGGAACACGCUGAGAAACUGAUGGCAUUCCAGAAUAAACGUGGAGGCAGAGUCCUCCUGCAGGAUGUCAAGAAGCCAGAGCAGGAUGAGUGGGGCAAUGGUCUGGAGGCAAUGCAGAGAGCUCUGCAGAUGGAGAAGGAUGUGAACCAGAGUCUGCUGGAUCUGCACAAACUCUCCUCUGGCCACACGGACCCUCAUCUGUGUGACUUCCUGGAGAGGCACUACUUGGAUGAGCAAGUGAAGAUGAUCAAGAAGCUGGGAGAUCACAUCACCAACCUGAAGAGACUGGGAGCCCCUGAGAAUGGCCUGGGAGAGUACCUGUUUGACAGGCUCACCCUGGGGGAGAGUGACUGAACUGACUGCAGGGACUGAGCUGUUUGAUGUGUA